AUGGCGCCGGCGGCGGCGUUCGCGGCGCAGGUGGUGCGGGGGCGGUGGUUCAUGGCGUACGGGUCCUUCCUCAUCAUGUCGGCCGCGGGCGCCACCUACAUCUUCGCCAUCUACUCCAAGGACAUCAAGUCGACGCUCGGGUACACGCAGGAGCAGCUCAACACCGUGGGAUUCUUCAAGGACGUGGGCGCCAACGUCGGCAUCCACGCGGGCCUCGUCGCCGAGCUCGCCCCGCCCUGGCUCGUCCUCGCCCUCGGCGCCGCCAUGAACCUCGGCGGAUACCUCAUGCUCUACCUCUCCGUCACGGGCCGUGUCCACCGGACCCCGCCGCUCUGGCUCGUCUGCCUCUACAUCGCCGUCGGCGCCAACUCCCAGGCGCCGCUCAUCCUCCUCGUCGGAUGGCUCCCCGCUGCCGUCUCCGUCGCCUUCCUCGCCACCAUCCGGAUCAUACGCGCGCCGCCGCGGUCUCCCGUUACUGCACGCCGGGAGUACCGCGCAUUCUGCGCCUUCCUCUACGUGUCGCUCGCGCUCGCUGCCUACCUCCUGGUCGCUAUCGCCCUCCAGAAGCGGUUCCGCUUCACACGGGCAGAGUACGCCGCCAGCGCCGCCGUCGUGUUCCUGAUGCUGCUGCUUCCGCUCGGAAUCGUCCUGCGCGAGGAGGCCGUGCUGUUCAAGGCCAACAUCACCAACACUCCUGAAUCCCAAGCGCGAGCUGCACCCACUCCGGCUCUGCCCGUGGCCACGAAACAGCCACCUGCAGCACCAGUACCACCACCAGCGACGACGGCGGGCCAAAGGUUGCUGCUUUCGCUGCGUCCGCCGCCGCGCGGCGAGGACUACACGAUCCUGCAGGCACUGGUGAGCGUGGACAUGCUGCUGCUGUUCAUGGCGACGGUGUUCGGGGUGGGCGGCACGCUGAUGGCCAUCGACAACAUGAGAAGGCGUCGGGAUGCCCUCCGGUGA